AGACAGAGCAUUGAAUUUCCUGUGUAGACAACAAGACUUUUGAUUUUCUGAAAUCUGUUCAGUUAAAGAUUUAGGUCAACGGAAACCAGAGCUUCAACAUGUUCACAAAUUCGAACAAAAUGGCUGCAGAACUUCAGGAAAAAGAACAACGCCCAAUCGAUAGCAGACCACUUCCUGAUGGCAAGAAGUUCCACGUGUUUAUAUCCUACAGUGAAAGUGACAGAUCCUGGGUAGAAACAGUAAUACAACACUUACAAAAUGAUUACAAUUUUAAGUGUUUUGAACAUUCAACUGAUUUUAUACCAGGAAGAAAAAUAAGAGAAAACAUAGAAUAUGCAAUAUUGAAUUCUGUGAAAACACUAUGUGUUAUAACGGAAGACUAUAAUCAGAGUUUUUGGUGUCAAUUUGAAGUAGAGUUUGCUAUACUAAAGUUGCUAGCUGAAAUGAAAGAAAAUGUCAUCAUCCCAGUUUUAAAGGAGGAAUGUGAGAUACCUGGCUAUCUUAAACCAUUUACCUACAUAAAUGGCACUGGAGAUAUGAACGUAUGGCUUCCUAAGCUUGCAUCAGCCAUUGAGUUAGAAGGGGAGCAAUAUAACCAUGAAUUAGCAUUAAACCGAGUAAAAAAUGCAGUGAACCGAAAUCGAAACCUAGACCUCCUUCACGAAGAGACAAGUCAUAUCAGUUGUAGAGGACCGGUUUUUAGGUGGAAGUAUGUGCCAGAAUCUCUUAGUAUAGCACCAAUGAAGGUUAAUUCUGAGCAGUAUAACGAAGUAAUCAAGACAAUUUCGUCAAAACAUCUGGUUAUAGGACGACAUUGUAGAAAUCUUUGGUGGCCGACAAUAUGUUUCGCUUUUACUAUUGUCAUCCCAACACUAUCCUUCGGAAUUUUAUUUACUUUUUUUAAUGGAGGCUCUUUUUAUACGGCUCAUUGUAUACUGUUGGCAAUCCCUGCAUUAGUAGUGCUGUGGUUAGCUAUGUGUGGAUGCUCGGAUUAUUGGGGACGACGUGAGAUGAAAAUCACUUUGCGCGAGGUAAACAGAAGACUUCUACCAAAUAAGGUCAUGGUCACUUAUAAAAGACAAAGAACUACAGCUACAUUUACUAUUUGUUUUGUUUUCUUCGACAUGACAACAUGCGUAAAUCAUAUGGCGUCAGAACUUCACAACAAAAGAAUCCGAGAGAGUCAAACCCGUGAAAUGGUUGCUCUUAAUAUGAAUGACGAUGAUGAUGAGGCACUUGUAGAUAAUAUACCUGGAGAUUCAGAAGCAUAUAAUGAACAGGAGAUGGCUACCUAUAGACUGUUGGAUUUAUCCAGCGCCUACCUAAUGGACUAUAUGAAUGAAAAACUAGACAAUGAUGUAGACAAUACAAGGCAUGCAACAAAAGCAAAAUGUAUUUGUCAAUUUGCUGAAUCACUUGAAAUCAAAACAAAAACAGAUGUGUGAGACAGGAGAACAAAUAAUGCAUACAUGAACUCUGACAUUGUCAUAUCACUCUGUAUAUUUUUUAUGUAAAUUCAAUAUAUCACAAACAAAAUAAAUGUAUAAACAAUGAC